GAAAGGCCACGGGGUCUCCACUUCUCUCUUUCUCGAAGCCUCCUCUCCCGCCUCCACCCUCAGGGCCUCCGGAACCCUGUGCCCAGCGGUGACAGGUGAAGGGACCAGGGCUCCUCCGCCACCACCCGCUCAGCUCUGCUGGCCCCGCAAACCGCAAACCAGCCAGGGAGUCAGACCCCGGGGGAGGGGAAGUGGGGGCUUUGACAGGGUGCUGCGCUUCCUCCUCUGGUGGAACCCGAGUCCCCUGCCUCCCGGAGGUGCUCCCAGGACAGCAGAGCCCGCCGACUCAUGGCCCCAGGACUUCUGCUGGUGCUCGCCCUCUGGGUGGGCUGCUCACCCUGCCGAGGGAGAGAAGCAGCCCCCACCCAGCCCCGAGUGCGGUGCCGGGCCUCUAGGUACCCAGUUGCCGUGGAUUGCUUCUGGACCCUGCCGCCUGCUCCCCGCUCCGCCACGCCCACAUCCUUCAUCGCCACGUACAGGCUCGGUGUGGCCGCCCACGGGGAGAGCCUGCCCUGCCUGCAGCAGACACCCGAGGCCACCAGCUGCACCAUCCCCGACGUCCACAUGUUCUCCAUGGUGCCCUACGUCCUCAACGUCACAGCGGUCCGGCCCUGGGGCAGCAGCAGCAGCUUCGUGCCCUUUGUCCCAGAGCAGCUCAUCAAGCCCGACCCUCCCGAAGGCGUCCGCCUGAGUGUCCUCCCCAGGCAGCGGCUGUGGGUGCAGUGGGAGCCGCCCCGGUCCUGGCCCUUCCCGGAGCUCUUCUCGCUCAAGUACUGGAUCCGAUACAAGCAUCACGGAUCCCCCCGCUUCCGCCAGGUGGGGCCUAUUGAAGCCACAUCCUUCACCUUCAGAGCUGUGAGACCCCAAGCCAGGUACUGCAUCCAGGUGGCUGCUCAGGACCUCACCGACUACGGGGAGUCGAGCGACUGGAGUCUCCCUGCUGCUCCUUCCACGCCCCUGGGCAAGUAGCGGGGGCUUCCCAGCGCCCCCGGAAGAGGGGCUGGCUCCCAACAUCUGCGCCGUCCCCCUGCCCUGCUGCCACCCACUCAAGGAUGGAUGGGACCCAACUGGCCUGGGUUCGCUGCUGCCAAGUUCCUGCGCGACUUUGGACAAGUGACUUUGUCUUUCUGAGCCUCAGUUUGUCAAUCUGUGAAAUAGGGAUGUACACAGAGCUCCGUGAGCUGUGAACGUGUGAUUUUCUUUAUUGUUUAACUAGAAAAAGAUUGUCGUUGCCGACA